AUGAAACAACAAAUAAAAGAAAAGCGUAAAUAACCAAUUCGUACUUGUCUUCAUCAACCUUUUGAAUACAAUUUCAGAACAUUAGAUUAAUAUGCAUCUUAAGAUUUAGUCAAGAGCAUUCAAUAAAUUAUAAAUGAUUAAGAAUUAUCAUAAUAUGUAUCAACAAAAGUUGGAAUAAGAAGUGCAAUAAGAAAAUUAAGAGCAAAUUAAUCUAAUUUUUUGGCUUUGAUAUUAAUAUAUGAUUAAUCGUAAAAUAAUAUUAUUAUUAUUUCAAGAAUAACAGAUAUUUUACUAUAAGCUUCAACUGUAUUUUGGAAAUACAAUUAGUAAAUAAUAUUAGCUAAAGAGGAAACAAGGUAUAUUAUAUUUAUUAAUAUUAUAAGGGCACAUUUAUAAAAGGUUAUGAAGAUAUAAAGAAUAAAUUGUGUUUAUAUGUUUACAAAAAAAGAUGUAGAAUUACCAGAGGAUAUAAAAUAAAAAAUAUAAAAAAUAACAGAAUAAAUGAAUGUUUUUAGAAAAGAGAGUGUUUGUGAAAUACCUAUAAUACUUGGGGAUGGUAUUUAUUAAAUUAAUUUAAGAAUUGAAAUAUUAGACUGUUAAAUUAAAGGUACCUUUAGAAUAAGAAAAUUAAAGAAAAAGUUUUUAGAAUUAUAAAGCUAAUUUAAAUAAUUAAGAAUAGAAUUUAAAUGUAAAUAAAUAAUAAAAGAAUAAAGGUGAAAAAUGUAAUAAUAAUUAAUAAAAGAAUUAAUAAAAAUAGGAUAAUAAAAUAAACAAUAUUAUUAAUAACGCACCAUUAGAUUAAUGA